CCGGAAAUGCGUGUUCUAGCUUUCUGUGUGCUUAGGUGCCCGAGCUACUGAGGGUCUAAGUCUGGGCAGCCGAAGAGUGUGGUAGGUAACGGUCGUCAGCGCAAGGGUCAUUUCGUCGCUGGGAAGGGACGGCCCUCGCCCGCGGUGAUGGUGGUUAGCAAGAUGAACAAAGAUGCGCAGAUGAGAGCAGCGAUUAACCAAAAGUUGAUAGAAACUGGAGAAAGAGAACGCCUCAAAGAGUUGCUGAGAGCUAAAUUAAUUGAAUGUGGCUGGAAGGAUCAACUGAAGGCUCACUGUAAAGAGGUAAUUAAAGAAAAAGGACUAGAACACGUUACUGUUGAUGACUUGGUGGCUGAAAUCACACCAAAAGGCAGAGGAAGAACACCUUUGCAAAAUUAUUUGGGUACUUCUGUUUCAUCAUUGGGAAGAGCUAUAAUUGCCUACCUGCCUCUCUAGCAUGAUUUUGAGUAACAAGUGAGAUAAGAGCCCUGGUACCUGACAGUGUAAAGAAGGAGCUUCUACAAAGAAUAAGAACAUUCCUUGCUCAGCAUGCCAGUCUUUAAGAUUGAAUUAGAUUGUGUUGUUUUGUGGUUUUAUUUCUGAAAGUAAAACUUGCCAUAAAUUAGGAAUCGCUUUCCCAAAAUAAAAUCCUUUUUUGUAUGAUGGUAUACAGUUUUCGGUAAUGAUGUAUACAUUGUAUUGAUUUUUUUCCCUAAAUGUGUUAUUUUAAUAAAUAUCUCAUGAAUGAGUUUGAAGUUUCCUUGGAUUUUGGAAUAAGUGGGACUUUAUUAACAAUCUACCAGAUUUGUUGAGCGAAAAAGUCAGCAAGUAAUAUAGUUUAAGUAUUAAAUGUGUGCAUAUCUCUGUGCUAACAAUGGAGGAGAAGCAAGCCGCCUCUCCUUAUUGUCUAUAGAUACAAUGUAUUUCUCGUUUGAAUCCCUAUAAUAUUUUAUUUUAUAGUACAUACCCCAUCUUGUACUACAGUUGUCUUAUUUCUUAUUUGUUAUAAACUCUUGAGAGUUAGGACUGGGUCUUACUCAUCUUUAUGUGCCUUCCUUAUUCCUCAAAGAAUUUACCAUCCUAUUGGAAGAGAGAACAUUUGCAAACUGGCUCCAUACCAACCAAGCUCCUCUCACAUAUUCUACUCAUCUGAACUUUGAAAGCAGAAACUCUAAAUUGCAUCCCCACAUACUAAGGUCAAGAAAGAACUUAAUGGGAAAUAAUCUUCACCCAUAGCUUUACUCUGACAUCAAGAUUGCCAAAUCCAAUGGACUCUUGUCUGUACCUAUGUGACCUCUGCUGGAAAUGAGAAUGUUGACCGUCCUGCCACUUGGAACUUUCCUCCCACUCCUCAUAUCGUUUAUUCCUACCACUGGAAGUUCCUUCUGUUUCUUGUGGAGUACCUUUUGCUGUAUGGGACUUGAAAUAAUGGUGUUUCCUUAGGGCUCUCACCUGGGCCCUCUGCCUGACUAAUGAUAUACUUUUCCUGGGCAAAUCUCAGGAAACUUGGGUCGGACCAUGGCUUCAAAUACUAACAGGUUAAUAAACGGUAAAUUUCAUCACCAAA